AUGAGGCCAGGGACAUGGUCUAGUAGAUACCGGAAGGAUGUCGGAAGAAUGCUUCAAGAGGGAAAACGAUAUCUCCACAUGCUGUAUUCAGGAGAGCUCCAACGCCACCUGCCUGUACACGUAUCAGGAAUAUAUGCAGGCCAAUACUCUGUGGCUGUUCACGGCGUUUACAGAGACUCAACUGUAGUACAUUCGUGCAGCAGGGGCCAAUGUGAAUGCAGCAGCUGCAGCACCGUGGGAGCCAACCGCAACAAACGACGUUCUUCGGUGCUUGGCAAAGUGGUUGCUUGCCGGACGCCCUGUAGACUGAGAGCGUCACCGGUGCGAAUGACAAAGGCAGUAGCACAGGCAGAAACAAUGAAGAAGACAGAAGGACGCUCUCCGGCUCCAUUUUCACCGUGCGCUAGUUUUCCUGAAAGGAUGGCGUCGAAAGCAAAUCAAGACCCAGCCUCAGCAGCUACGAAUGCUAUAGGAAAGCUGAGGCUGGCUUUUUAUCACUUGGCUACCUUUGGACGGACGCUAGCAACGACGAGCCUUGCAGAUGAGAAAAGUAAAACCUCAUGUUUGGAAGGCGACGUUUUUGCCAUUAGGGCGUGGACAUAUGUGCAGCGAUCCCAGAAGCAGCAACAACAGCAGCUAUUGCACCAGUGGCUGCAUCGUCAACACUUGCAUAUGCCGCUACAGAACGAGCUCUGCAUGAAGAAUUCUGAGCUUAACAGUUUGACCCGGACUACUACGGUGAAAAGCACCCGCAGUAGCAACAACGGCAGCACCACAAGCACGUCUAGCGGCGGCAGCAGCUACAGAGUUCAGCUCGGUGUUUACAGAUCAUUGGGGGGUUUAGAAGUUUCAGAAGCGGUGAGAAUCUCUUCUCCUGAGAAGGCACUGAAGACCCAUCGCCUGCGUCAAAAGGGGACGUGCCACGGGACACUUCAGAGAAGUGAGCCGUCUGUUGCUGCCUCUACUGCAGCUUCGCUCGGGCAGUUCUCAAAUGCAGCGCCUACUGUUGAAGGAUGGGCUGAUUUGAAAGGCACAGUGAUGCCGCCCAGAGAUAUCCGCAGGAAGUCAGAAGCAGGGACAUCAGUUAGCCCCGCCAGCGCUGCAGUGCCUUUCCGGUCGUUGUCACUUUUAGCAAGAAGUGGCGCAUUGCUCGCUGGGCUAGCUACAACCUCUGCUGCAACCACUGCCGUGGAAUCCGCUUCAGAAGCCGCUGCACCUGUAGCUGACACUGUAGCGCGAACUGCGGAGCACUUAGUCGUAUCUGCGUGCAGCACCUGCUCCUUGAGCUCCGCUUCCGCUUGGAAGAAGUGGCUGCAAAUACUCUCUGAGGCUGAUCCACAGCGGCGGAAGGAGCUACUUCUUGAAUACCCACCUCUUUGCAGAAAGCACGAUAAGAUGGUUGAGGCUUCAAGCAAAAAGGUCUGCGUUGUAAGCUUUCGACAGCUGCUGCGGCUCUUAGAGGCCGCUGCACUGCACCCGCAUGCCACUCAAGAUGCCAUAACCGUCUUGAGGCAACAUGUCCGACUAGGAAUGACGAAUAAUACCACAGCAGCGGCAGCGGGAGAGCACACAGGAGCAGAAACAGCGGAACCUUCACCAGUCAGCGGACAAAGUACUUUGCUGCCUUCUCUCGCCUCAGUGGCAAAUGCAGAGGCUGCGCAGUGCUUGGCAUAUGUGGAGAGUGGCUUGACAACGCUUGCUUUAGAGAAGGGAGCACAACUACUACAGAGCUUCCGAGAUUUUGACUGCACAGAAAGCUUUCUCCUGGAAGCGGUGGCUGCCGGCGCAGCCCCACGUGUUGGGUCUGCAGCACCUCGGUGGUGCUUCAGGGUGCUUGACGGGCCAUUGCAUCCGCCUCCUAACCGGCAAAAGAACACUUGGCAGCAGCUAGAGAGCGGAUCGCUACUAAUAUUAAAACCUGUCGACUCGGCAGCAGCAUUCGUGGCAAAGGAGCUGCGGCUUCUUCACGGUCGCUCGUUUGACUUCGCUUCUGUAACAGUUCACGCUGCAGCGGCAGCAUCUGAAGUACUACAGUCAACCUUUCAUCCGGGCUCCGGGCUUCCCGUGCACCAAGGGCAUGAAGGAGAUCUUAGGAUCACGGAGGAGCGGCAGCAGCUGCUGCAGGCUUUGCUUGAAGCCACAGGAGAAAAGCACAACGUUCGUUGCGUAUUCUGUGGUCUCACGUUCCUUGUUUCUGUCGAAAAACUUCUUCAGCGCUCACUGGACUGUCCAAACUGCUCAGCAGGAGCAACAUCAAUGCUAGCGGCACCAAACUGGAAAGCAGAAAUUCGCAGCGAAAUGGAGAUAACAGCAAGAGCAGCUGACUAUCCCUCUUCCUUAAUCCAAGGUCACAGGCAGAGCGAGAGAUUCAAGUACAGGGACUUGCGUGAAGUGCUGCAGCAGCUAGAUAUGGCCACAUGCUGGGCAUCAGACAGAUAUGCGCUGGAGGCACCGGCCUUUAUCGCAUCCGUAUGCAGCAACAGCAGACGCCAGGCCCUUAAGGUUAAGGUGCACCCUUGCGUAUCUUUAGCAGGCGAAAUGUUUCAGAAGAGAGGGGGCGGCAACGAAGCGGAGUCGGCAGUAGCAGGUGCUGCUCAGAAAGCGGAACAGCAACAGCAAUAUCUACAACAUGAAUCACAGCAUGAUGGAAAGGCCGGGUUUUCGCUUCCUGAAGGCGCGCGGUUCUGGGCAAUGCCUGUAUCAUUCAUUGCUGCUGUUCAUACUCGCCAAGUAGAAACCCUUGAAGGUUUGGCUGGAGCCGCUUCGAUGCAGUUGCUGUCUGCACAAGGCGCAGCAGAAACAAAAAAAGGAGCAGCAGCACCAUCAGAAACUGCUCCUUUUAGUGGAAGCCAUGUCUUAAGGGUUCUCACAGCUAACAAGGGCAGCAACAAAUCCUCUAAAAGUAUUCAGAAGGCUGCAAGUCUCGCUGCCGUGGUCGAGGAUGAAUUGGCAGUGUCGACCUGCUCUACACAAGGCUUGCAUUCAACAGUAUCACCGGCAAGGAAGGGUACAGAAGCGCCAGACGCAGCAACAAAUGGUACAGUGCAGGACAAAGAAGCACAUCGGAGUUUAUUGGGACUUUCGAAGAGUUUGACUUUCCGACAGCGUGAAGCUGUUUUUGCAGCGAUAUCUCGAGAAAACCGUAUCGUAACUAUAGAAGGACCUCCAGGGACUGGGAAGACAGCUGUGGCUGGUGCAAUUGUUCGUGAAUGGGUGUCCGGGUGUGCAUACAGCUCAGCCACCCAUUGCGUACGCACAGUUCGACUUUCUGAUGAAGUCUCGGUGGUCGCUGCGUUAGAGACUCCUAGCGCCACACAGAAAGCACUGGUGCUUUUGGACACAGUCUACCAGGGCCAUCGACUGGCAAAGCUAAACUUGCGGCCUCGUCGGGUUCUCGUGGAUGAAAGCUCCCAACUCACAGAGUUUGCAGGCCUUGGGGCAUUGGUAAAUGGCACGGACUUGGUGGUGUUGAUCGGCGAUGAGAGGCAGCUACCACCGGCGUCUGCUCUGCCUCCAUCUUCGUCCCCUCGUUCUCUAUUUAGCGCUCUUAAGGGUGGCGCAUGCAGGUCGGUACUCCUUAAUCUCCAAUUUCGGAUGCCUCCCCUUCUCGCUGCUUUCAUAUCUGCUCACUUUUAUGAGGGCAUGCUUCUCACUCAUCCUGGGCGUUUGGGCUCAACGUUGCUGCCGCACAAGCCCCCAAACCGACCUGAAAACGAGCAAAAGCAAGAGGGGCAGCGCGCAGCCGCUGACUCAACCUCUCUGUCGGGAUUUUCUGAUGGCCCGCUAGCCCCACCAGAUGCCACCAAAGUCGAGAGCCGAAACUUCUACGACGUUAUAGGUCUGGCUCAGUGUGAGGUGUUUGCCGGAAGCAAUCCUGCGAAUGACACUCAAUUCUUAAAGGUGGACAACAGCAACCACGAACAUAAUUUUCCGUGGCCUGAUGGCAGCGAAGGUGAUAAGGAUCUGGCCAAAAAGCUUUUGGAGCAAAUGGACACAGAGUUCUUGUCUUCAGGGCCUGCAGGCCCGGCAACCUGUUGGUCACAAAAUCCGCCUUACCAUGCGAUUCCGGAAGUUCUCCCUGUUCUUUUUGUAGAUACCUCACUUUGGGCGUCAGGCCCGACAGGCAUGUUGGCCACGAUUGAGCUACCCGUCUUGACCACGGAGUUAGCAGCUGCAGCCCUCAGCUCUACCGCUGCAACCUCUCCAGGAAGUCCCACAGAAGGAUGCAGGCCACUUAUGAAGAGUCUACCUGCGGAACAACGCGUGAAAGGCUCUCUGCAGAAUCCUCUAGAGGCUUUUUUGGUUUACAGAUGCGUGGAAACGUUGCUCAGUUGCGGUGCCUCAAAAGCAGAAAUAGCAGUGCUUACUCCGUACCAGGCGCAAGCGCAGCUCCUUUCACGGAUUCUGCACCCUGCGGAGCAGCUGGAUGGCGCCCAGAAGCCUUCAAGGCGUUCAGGUCGAUUAUGCUUUGUUCAGCCUGCUCUCGACGUGCUAGAUGAGAGAUGCCGCCCACACCCGCAGGUCUUUACUGUUGAUGGAUUUCAGGGCCAUGAGAGAAAAUACGUCAUCCUCUCUGCUGUCAAGGGGUUUCAGCUUUCUCCUAUUCUUAAGGAUGCUUGGAGCAGUGUUGCCGUUGGAUCAUCCCUCCCUGAGGAGGAGAAUAACAGAAGGCAUGUUACUUCCUCGCUGCAGGACACCCCAGCAUGUCAGUCUAAACCCACGGCAUACGUUCAAAUCUGGCAAGAACACGUCGCUGUUUUUUCAGAAGGGACACAGAAACACGGAGUCGUCUCCUUGCUAAGAAAAAAGGAUUUUUUGCGUUUUCUAGUAUUCAAACUUUGCACAGUUGUUGCAUACACGGAAAAGUAG